AUGGCUGCGACUGCGAUCGGCGCUGGCACAUUGCCCGUGCGAACGGCAUCUGUGGAGCGCAUCACCAACGAGACGAAGAUCAAGUGCACUUUGAGCCUGGAUGUGCAUCCUCAAGCUGCACCGCAGACCAUCAGUGUCAAGACUGGCAUCGGAUUUUUGGACCACGUGAGUGCGUGCAAUCACUUGACCUUGCCGCUUUCGCUGUUGCAGUGGUGCAUGUCAUCUCUUCUCGGCUGUUCUCCAAGCUGAUGUCCAUCCCUCUCUUGGCCCCCCUCUUUGACCUGCCGUACUGAAUAUGGACUACCAGAUGCUCCAUGCCCUGGCCAAACACGGCGGAAUGUCGCUAAGCAUCGUCUGUGAUGGAGAUCUAUGGAUCGAUGAUCACCACACUGCAGAGGAUUGCGCACUAGCUCUCGGCGAAGCCUUCAAAGCCGCCUUGGGCCCAGUGAAGGGUAUCAAGCGGUACGGCACUGGUCACGCCCCUUUGGACGAAGCGCUCUCACGCGCGGUGAUCGACAUCUCCUCUCGACCAUUCUGCGUGGCCGACUUGGGUCUCAAGAGGGAAAAGAUUGGAGAUUUGAGCUGCGAAAUGAUUCCUCACGUCUUUCACAGCUUUGCCAUGGCAGCCGGCGUCACGCUCCACGUGGACUGUCUAAGAGGCGACAAUGACCAUCACAGAUCCGAGAGCGCUUUCAAAGCUCUGGCAUUGGCCAUCAAGGAGGCCGUUUCCCGGACAGGACUGGACGACGUCCCUUCGACAAAGGGUGAGUGUGCACAUCUGCAUGCGUCACGCUACAACUACCCAUCACUUCCGCUCACGCCCUGCCUUUUUAUCUCUCGCCAUGCAGGUGUCUUGUAG